AGAAAGCAGAUUUUGUCAGUGCGCAUGGCACGUUUACUUGGCAUGAACGAGGAGCGUUACCCGGAAGUGCUACAUUUGGCAGAAACAUUUUGAGCUAGAUAGCUAUAAAGAAUAAUAGUUAAGUGCAAUUAGUGUUGCUAAUUUUUUUUAAACAAAUAGCUACAUUGAAGAGUACGAUAUGGGCAAUACAUUUUCUAGAGAUGACAACGUGUCAACUGUAAGCAACAAGACUUGUGAUGGAAGAUAGUUAGCCUAGCAGACCAUCUAAUUUACUAACGUUACAGUAGCUACUACUGGACGAUGUUAGAUUUCUGCAAAAGUAAGAAUCAGAUUUGCUAGAUUGACACGAUUGCAUAAACAACCGUGUUCAAGGUCAAUACCGUGGUGCCUCGUUAAAUCGUUUAGUUAUUUAGCUAGCUAGAUAGCGGAACUGACAACAUGGCUGUCAGACCUCGGUGCAGCUAGUUUUAGCUAGCUAUCAUUGCUGCGAAGUCGAUUUUUGUGAUCAUUGUUUGUUUGACAUUUUAGUCAUUAAGUAGACGCUCUGAUACAAGAGCGACUUACAAUUCAUGAAUUCGUUUUAAGAUAGUUAGGUGAGACGACACAUCACAAUCAUAUCUCGUUACAUUUUCCCUCAACAAAGUAUUUAUCACCAAAGUCAGUGCUACUGGGAAAAGAGAGGUGCCUUUUGAUUUAGUGUUAUUUUUUACAGUUGGCGUUAUCUGUCUAGCAAUCAAGCUUGCCAACCUAUCUAGCUAGUCAGUUUCUGGAUUCAGACUAGUCUGAGUUUACCGCUCUAACUACCACUUUCCAAUAGUCAGGCUAAUUGUUGCUAGCAAAGCACAGCUUGAAUUAUGUCUAUGGACGACUUCACUUCGAUCAGCCUGCUGUCCCUGGCUAUGCUAGUGGGAUGUUAUGUGUCUGGAACCAUUCCUCUAGCUGUCAACUUCUCAGAGGAGAAACUGAAGCUGGUGACGGUCCUGGGAGCAGGGUUGCUGUGUGGUACUGCCCUGGCUGUCAUCAUCCCUGAGGGGGUGCAUGCCCUGUAUGAGGAGGUCCUGGAGGGUGUGCACCAUGCCCCUGGCCAGGUGAAGGGGGUAGAGGUGUCUGAGCCCAGGGAAGGUGUGGAUGCAGCUCUGGGGGUCAGUGGGGAGCACAGCCACGAGCACCUCCAUGCCUUCAUCGGAGUUUCCCUGGUCCUGGGGUUUGUCUUCAUGCUGCUGGUCGACCAGAUAGGAAGCGCCCACGUACACAGCAGUGUUGACGAUCCAGAGUCUGCGAGGAUUGCCAGCUCAAAGAUCACCACCACCUUGGGACUGGUGGUCCAUGCGGCAGAACAGUCUCAAUUCAUCAGGACAUGGACUCUACAAGCUGACGGAGUGGCUCUCGGAGCAGCUGCUUCAACGUCCCAGACCAGUGUUCAGCUCAUUGUCUUUGUGGCCAUCAUGCUUCACAAGGCCCCAGCAGCCUUUGGCCUGGUCUCUUUCCUGAUGCAUGCUGGUCUGGAGAGGAACCGGAUCCGUAAACACCUGCUGGCCUUCGCCCUGGCAGCACCUGUCCUCGCCAUGGUUACCUUCGUAGGACUCAGCCAGAGCAGUAAAGAGGCACUGUCCAACGUGAACGCCACAGGCGUGGCCAUGCUGUUCUCUGCCGGGACCUUCCUGUAUGUCGCCACCGUACACGUUCUGCCCGAGGUGGGCGGGACCGGACACAGCCACUCCCCCACACCGGGGAAGGAAGCAGCGAAGGGACUGAGCAAGAUGGAGGUUGGGGCUCUGGUUCUGGGCUGUCUGAUACCGCUGGUACUGUCUGUUGGACACCACCACUAGACACACAGCGCUAGUAGACCCAGAGGAGGAGAGGGAAAGGAGGGAUGUAGAGAGGAAGACUGGGUUUAGAGGGAAAGCAGCCUAACAGACACCUCUUAUCACACAUCUCAAAUGUCUUAUUUACCUGUUCUGUUGAUGGACUUCUGAUUUGGUUGGAUUGCGGUUGUUGGUGUCCUCGUUUCCGGGACAACGACCUGCGGGUGGAAUCGGAACCACACUGGACAACACAAAGGGACGAUGAUGAUGUCGUAACCAUAGUAACGAGGACUUCCCACUUGUUCAACACUCUAAAGGAAGUGCUGUCUGCUGAUACUGAUGACAAGACUGCUACCAGGUUUUCUGCUUCUUUUAAGCAGACAUUUAUUUUUCUAUUUUUGUGUGGGGGGAUGGUUCUCUCUAGGUAGGCUUUACAGAUAGCAGGGGAGUUGGUCAUGGUUGUAUCCUGUUUCAGUGCUACAAAUGAACUGUCAACUCCUGAACUCAUGUUAAUGUACCUGCUUUUUUGUUGUUGUCGUUGUUGAGGACUGGGCUGUGAGAAAUGUAGAGAUAUUUGUGACAUCUUGCAGUAAAAGUAAAGUUUUUAAAUCAAGAGUGAUUUUUCACCCUCACUGGUUUUCAGAGCAAUGUUUAUGUGCUAUGUUGAGCUUGCACUUUGACACACGGUGCUCGUACUGUGAGAUGAAAUGUAGUCUAUAUUUAUAUUCUUGCUAGUGGAAUCAGUAACUAUUUAGAAGUUUACAUGUGAGUAGUUGCACUUCUAUGACGUUUGGCCUGAUCUAUAGGCUAUUGAUUUAUCUACCGUACUGUUAAAGGACAUUGGAUAUCUGAGAGACAUGUUGUCUGUAAGACUGCUUUCCACAGACUCUAGCUAACCUGUUAACUGAGGCUUAAAGGGACAAUCUGCAGUUCAAACGAUAACAAAAGGAAUCCCCGCCGCCUUGUUGGGUAAACAGCUUAAAGGAUGACUGUCUUGCUUUAGCCUCAUAAGGGAAGCCCUGGCCCCAGGACCAGCCUCUAAAUUAUACACCAUAAUGGAAGCCCUGGCCCCAGGACCAGCCUCUAAAUUAUACACCAUAAUGGAAGCCCUGGCCCCAGGACCAGCCUCUAAAUUAUACACCAUAAUGGAAGCCCUGGCCCCAGGACCAGCCUCUAAAUUAUACACCAUAAUGGAAGCCCUGGCCCCAGGACCAGCCUCUAAAUUAUAUACCAUAAUGGAAGCCCUGGCCCCAGGACCAGCCUCUAAAUGAUAUACCAUAAUGGAAGCCCUGGCCCCAGGACCAGCCUCUAAAUUAUAUACCAUAAUGGAAUCCCUGGCCCCAGGACAAGCCUCUAAAUUAUACACCAUAAGAUCUAAACUUAUAUCAGCCCUUAAAUUACCCAGCUUUCUUUCACGUUUAGUUUAAAAUGUGGUUCUCUCCAGACCUGUUUUCCUGAGUGAUUGCGGGAUAGCUACUGGUCUACUUGAUGGUGGCGGACUGGGUGAUUGUAGGAUAGUCCCUGGUCUAGUUGAUGGUGGUGGACUGGGUGAUUGUAGAAUAGCUACUGGUCUACUUGAUGGUGGCGGACUGGGUGAUUGUAGAAUAGUCCCUGGUCUAGUUGAUGGUGGUGGACUGGGUGAUUGUAGAAUAGUCCCUGGUCUAGUUGAUGGUGGUGGACUGGGUGAUUGUAGAAUAGUCCCUGGUCUGGUUGAUGGUGGUGGACUGGGUGAUUGUAGGUUAGUCCCUGGUCUGGUUGAUGGUGGUGGACUGGGUGAUUGUAGAAUAGUCCCUGGUCUAGUUGAUGGUGGUGGACUGGGUGAUUGUAGAAUAGUCCCUGGUCUACUUGAUGGUGGUGGACUGGGUGAUUGUAGAAUAGUCCCUGGUCUAGUUGAUGGUGGUGGACUGGGUGAUUGUAGGAUAGUCCCUGGUCUAGUUGAUGGUGGUGGACUGGGUGAUUGUAGAAUAGCUACUGGUCUAUAUGAUGGUGGCGGACUGGGUGAUUGUAGAAUAGCUACUGGUCUAGUUGAUGGUGGCGGACUGGGUGAUUGUAGAAUAGCUACUGGUCUAGUUGAUGGUGGUGGACUGGGUGAUUGUAGAAUAGCUACUGGUCUACUUGAUGGUGGUGGACUGGGUGAUUGUAGGAUAGUCCCUGGUCUACUUGAUGGUGGUGGACUGGGUGAUUGUAGGAUAGUCCCUGGUCUAGUUGAUGGUAGUGGACUGGGUGAUUGUAGGAUAGUCCCUGGUCUACUUGAUUGUGGUGGACUGGGUGAUUGUAGGAUAGUCCCUGGUCUACUUGAUGGUGGUGGACUGGGUGAUUGUAGAAUAGCUACUGGUCUAUUUGAUGGUGGUGGACUGGGUGAUUGUAGAAUAGUCCCUGGUCUAGUUGAUGGUAGUGGACUGGGUGAUUGUAGGAUAGUCCCUGGUCUACUUGAUGGUGGUGGACUGGGUGAUUGUAGGAUAGUCCCUGGUCUAGUUGAUGGUGGCGGACUGGGUGAUUGUAGGUUAGUCCCUGGUCUACUUGAUGGUGGCGGACUGGGUGAUUGUAGAAUAGCUACUGGUCUAGUUGAUGGUGGUGGACUGGGUGAUUGUAGAAUAGUCUACUGGUCUAGUUGAUGGUGGUGGACUGGGUGAUUGUAGAAUAGCUACUGGUCUAUAUGAUGGUGGUGGACUGGGUGAUUGUAGGAUACAUGUCAUAUUUCAGUGAGUAGUCAGACCAAUAGAGGCAUUAUAAUGAAUUGUGAACUGAGGGACCAGCAAUAUGGAGUGUAGGCCAACAGACAGACAAACACCGGUAGAUGUUCCAUCUAUGUGCAGACAGAUGGCUUUGUCUGGACCACGUAGUGUCUUUCUGUGAAGAGGGACUUAGCUAUUUGCACUUGGGCCAAACAAAACAGCAGUUCUGACGUAAUGACUUUAGUUUUUUUCUCUCUCCGAUUUUGCUUUAAUUUAUCUUCUGUCCUAAUCAAUGUUAUAAAAUCUCAGCAAUAAUCAUGUUAAUUUUGUGAGAUCUGGUGUCCGUGUCUACUCAUACAGAGUUAUCCAUUAUAUUGACCAGAUGGUUGAGAAAGAGUGGCAUCUCUAUGCCCCUAUUCAAUCAAAUAAGCCAUACAUUUUUUUUUGUUAACCAAAUUUGACAUUCAUUAACCUCUGUACAAAGUCUCCUGGCUUAAUGAGCGAAAUGUUUCAUACAAAACACCACCUGCUGGAGAAGACAGAUUUUGGGCCUAGUUAUCCCUCUCUCUCUUCUCCUCUGGGGUUGUAGAGGUGGUUGUGCAUCGCAGUACCUUCAGCUGCAGACUGCGGUACUUUCAGCUGCAGACUGCGGUACCUUCAGCUGCACACUGCGGUACCUUCAGCUGCACACUGCGGUACCUUCAGCUGCACACUGCGGUACCUUCAGCUGCACACUGCGGUACCUUCAGCUGCAGACUGUAAGUCUGUUCUAAAGGGAUGUCCUCCAUACUGGUUCUUAGUGAAAAGUGGAUCUCAUGAAGCCUCUUGAAUCUAGUCGAGGGAUGUGAAUUCCUACCCUUCUGGAUCUAGUCAAAAGACGUGUGUGUGUGUGUGUGUGUGUGUGUGUGUGUGUGUGUGUGUGUGUGUGUGUGUGUGUGUGUGUGAGAGUUGUUGAGGGGCAUCAUGGGUUAGCAGUAGACUUCAUGCUUCGGGGAUUGUCAUGUGAUCAUUCCAUAAGGAGUCUGACAUUUUUCCAUCUGUUGAUAGUGAAAAAGUUAAAUCUGUUGCAAAACUGUGUUUUUAUGAUUUAUUUAAAUAAAUACAAAUGAAUUGGU